GUCACAGCUGUGUAUACCUGUUUAGUGUAGUUGAUGGUUACAAAUUGAAAUCAGAUGGGAAAAAAGCUGUAGACUGUGUCUAAAUAUAAUAAGUGGAGUUUAUUUUAAUGUUUAUAAUUGCUUGCAGCGGUAUUUUUGUUGUUACUGCAAUGAUCCUGCCACUAAAUACGAGUUUAAUGUAGGGCUUUGAACGUCACAGAAAGGGCAACAAACUAUGGCUACUAAUUAGCUCCGCUAGCUUAUACUCACUUGGUCACGGACAGACGAGGUUCGUGCACAGAAUGGCUUCGUUUGGCUGGAAGAGGAAAAUUGGUGAGAGGGUAUCAAAGUCAGCAGUGCAGCAGUUUGAGGCUGAUGACGACAAAGCUAAGGAUGACAGACCAGGUUCGGAUGAGGAGGUGGACUGGCUGCACGCUAUCAAACGCCGGAAGGAGAUCCUGCUGGAGGACUGUGCUGCAAAGAGCAAGAGGUUAAAGGAUGAGGGGACAGUGCUGGCUGAACAGAGCAGGCACUGGGAGGCGAUUAAGAAGUGGGACGAGGCUCUUGAGCUGACUCCAGACGACCCAUUACUGUAUGAAAUGAAGUCUCAGGUGUUGACUAUUCUGCAUGAAGUGUUCCCAGCUGUAAAGGCAGCAGAGAUGGCCGUGAAGUUCCGCCCGUUGUGGUGGGAGGGCUGGCAGACUCUGGGCCGGGCGCAGCUUAACCUGGGAGAGGUGGACCUGGCAGUGAGAUCCUUCCAGAUCGCCGUCCACCUGAGCCCAGCGGAGCACGCGCUCUGGCAGGAAGACCUGAAAUGGGCGCGGACGCUUCAGAAGCAGCAUUUAGCGACCAAGGAGAAGCUAAGACAGGAGGAGGAGACCAAGAAACAGAUCCUCAACGCCCCCGAGCUGGAGCGGGACUACGACUUUGAGUCAGACGAGGUGCUGGCGGCCUGUGUGGCCGUGGCCGAGCGCCAGACGCACUACGAGGAGCUGAGGAGGACAACUGUGGUCAUAGAUGCCGAAGGUAACAUAAGACACAGAGUGACCGGGGAGGAGGGAGCGGAGGACACAGCCACAUCAUCAGAGGAACAGUUUGUGAAAGCAAGAGGACUUUGA